GGUUUGACUCAGCAGCUCAGUUUCAAGUUGCAUCAAGGUCACUACAAAAUGGUAAAGGAAGUAUACCACAUGUAGUGACUCAACCAAGGUGUUAGACCUAGGAAGGGACAGGUACUGCUGUUUGACUAAAACAAGCUUGAAUUAAUUUAGCCUACUCUAAUCAGCAGUAAAUCUAAAUCUGGGGGGACUGAGUCCUGAUGACAGCACUAAUAUAUCAGAUGAGAUGUCUCAUCUUUUGCUGAAUUUUCCAGACCUUUUGUUUGAACAAUCAAAAUGGUAGGCUAAUGCAUUGCACCUGACAAAUGGUUGUGGCUUCAGAACCAUGAAAUGGCUGUCUUAUAGAUGUGCUUUUGUGGAGAGCUUUUUUUCUAUGCAGCUAGUAUUGCAAAAACUGGCUAUCCAGCUAAUCUUGCAUGUACUGGCUUUGCAGAAGGGUUGAUUGAGCUUAAAUGUGUAAAUUGUUAAGGCAAACAAGCUGUUGUAGAGAUGAGAGGGCGAUGGUGAGAAACUUGAAGCCCUGCUAAACAUGUCUUUGAAACCUCCACAAAGCUUACUGACAUGGCUCUUAUGACUUGUAGGGAAGCAAUUCAGAAAUAUCUAAUAUGCUUACAGCUACAAAUUGAAAGCUAUUUCUAAUCAUUAAAUCUUUGGAAAGAUCAUAGCUGUGAAAUGAUUAGUCUUAUUUUGGGCCACAAGGGCUAUUUUUCACAUGACCACUUUCUCACAAUGAACAGGAAUUAGGACAAGCAGAAAACUUGAUCUGCAACCUAGCAAAGUCCCCUCCCUAUUCUCCGCCUCUUUAUACAGUGCCUGCAGUGCAAACACGUACAACAAACACAACCAGCAGCAUUUCCAGCCAAGAGACAACUUUUUGUAAAAAUGAUCUUCAGCUCAAAGGAAAGUGGGCUUUGACUUUGACAAACAAAUACAUGCCUUGAAUUUCUUUUUUUUGGCAACAUGGGGACUCAGAUUGCAGGUUUGUGUUUGGCAAUCUUUGGCUUUUGCGGCACCAUCCUUAUCUGUGGCCUGCCCAUGUGGAAGGUGACGGCUUUUAUUGGGUCAAACGUUGUUGUCACUCAGGUCUUCUGGGAAGGUAUAUGGAUGAACUGUGUGAUCCAGAGUACAGGCCAUUCACAGUGCAAAGCCUAUGACUCUGUUUUGGCUUUACCACAGGAGCUGCAGGUCUCUCGGGGUCUGAUCUGUGUCUCCAUUGCUGUCAGCGUGGUGGCCAUUGGGCUUACUGUGGUGGGGACCCGCUACACCAAUUUCUUUGAUUAUGACUUGAGGAACAAAUACAAUAUGGGCAUGGCUGGAGGUGUGGUGUUCAUAAUAGCAGGCCUCUUGUGCAUUAUUCCUGUCAGCUGGUCAGCCUACAGCAUCAUCUCAGGUUUCUACAACCCAGUGGUCAGCGAUGCAAGGAAGGGAGAGCUCGGAGCUUCCAUAUAUGUGGGCUGGUUGUCUGGAGCUUUGCUCGUCAUUGGUGGAGGGAUGUUGUGUAGCUCCUACGGAUGCUGA